UUUGUGGUCCAAUCGUCAUUGUUCUACAACAACAGUGUGACUCAAGAAAAUCUAUCUUGGGCUCAUGGGACGACAUGACAAUCCCAACGGACAAGUUCCUUAAAUUUUGAAGGAAGUGAUAAAAGUUGUCCAAUUCGCUUCAAAACUUCCUGAAAGAAUGGAUGGACUGACAUCGCGGUGUAGUCGUGACUUCCGCCGGUACCUGGUGCUGCUUGUACUGUUACAGCACGCACUGUCAACCACGCCCCCUGUCGGCGCACAGCAGGUCACACCCACCGCUGGGUCCGGGUCUAACGUCACGGCAACCCCUGCGUUACUAGGCAACGUCACAGCGUCGUCUGCGUUGCUAGGCAACGAGAAUACCACCUCCAACAACAUCAAUGUCACGCAGAGUCAACAAACAGGAAACUCCACAAUCGCCACAACUACAUCGUUGCUUGGCAAUACUACCAACUCGAUUUCGUUGCCUAGCAACAUCACCAACUCUACAACGACGACCCCGUUGCUUAGCAACAGCACCAACGCAACUAUGACGUUCACGUUGCCUGGCAACAAUACCAACAUAACAACCAUAAACCCCACGACGUUGGGAAACAAUAAUACUAAUCUGACAACAGUGAAUGCGUUGCCUGGCAACAGCACCAACCUGACAACAGUGAAUCCGUUGCUAGGCAACGCUACAACAUUGUUUCCUGUUGGCAACGUCACCAAUGGUACAACCGGAAAUGACGAUUUGGCCCCUUCAUUUGAUUGGUCGGUUAUCGGGAUAAUUAUUGCAUGUAGUGUGUUUGGGUUCCUUCAACUACUCUUGCUCGGGCUUUGCUGUUUUUUAUACGUCAGGAAACGUAAAAGUGCAUCUGAGAAAAUCGGCUCCAAAGAAUCUUUGAGACCAAGGGAUGAAAAUGACCUGGAGGGUAGACGAAAAAGCAUCAUGAAAAGUAACAAAGAUGGGACAACAGAUAAGAAGACCAAGUCAGAGCACAGAGUCACGAUCGUAGAAAACAAAGAAGAACUGCUGGCCAAGACCGUCCCAACACCGGCCUCUCAGAGAAGGGUCCUGAAGGCAGACAACAGCGGUAUAGGCGGGCUAUACUUCCCUCAGCGCUACAAGAUGCCCACCAGCAACAAGCCCCCACCCACCAGAAUGUACAGCGUGCAGGCACACAUUGGCGGGAAGCCGGUCACCUUUGUCAGGCCCGUGGACAGACCCGCGUCCGAACCCCCGCCUCCAGGCUGGAUGGAACGCUUCAGUCAGUACCUGAAAGAAGUCGGUGCAACGGCGACAUCUAGCGAGAACAAGUGAAACUUCAAAGAGCGAACUUUGAACUUGAUGUAACAUAUCACAUAUGUUAUCAAUGUAACAUGCUAUUGCAGAGGACUAUCCAAACUAUAAUAUAUCGCAAGAAAUAAUAUUUGGUGACCUUAGAUACAAACAAGCAAAGUGGUCAAAUUACUUUAUUGCUUUUCCUUCGUAAAUAAACUAGUCUUUGUUGGAAGUGUACGUUGACAGCACUUUACAGCGCUAGCUGUGAGGUUGCCAACUUCUGUUCUUGAUGUAAUAUUCUAGUUGUCAUAUUUUGUAAUGGGAAUCAGGGAUUUUUAAGUCUUUAAAAAAACCAAAGCAGUAAAUAUAUGUUUUUAUACAUGCUAUCGUAGGGAACUAUCGUCAUGGAAAGCAAAGGUUUUAUGUUUACAUGUCAUAUAUGGAUAUAUAUCGGCAGAUGUCAUACAAUGUUGCACUAAUGUAGGCAAGACAUUGUAAAUACUAUCAUUAUAAUCAGGGAAAGUCUCAAUGUAUAUGGUUUGCUAGAUCUGCAUAGACAAGUCAUAUAUAUCCAUAGAAUAAUUCUGAAUGUAUAUAUAUAACAUAUUGUAAAUACAGUGCAACAC